CAGCAGCAGUCCAGCCGGUAUGGUGCACAGAGUUAUCUAUGGUUUACGGGGCUGGAUCGCAUUCGUGUCGUUUCUGGACUUGGGCACAGCAGUGCAGUGCUUCAUAGAUACAGAGGCAUACUUGGGCACGCUCUACACCGCCUCGGGCGUCGCUGAACAUGUGAACCCGGCGAUGGCGCGCCUCUUGGGCACGCAUAGGAUGUUGGCUGCCAUCAUCCUCGCCCACUGCGCGCUCUGCAUCCACCAUCCACCAGUGCUGAGUUUAGCAGUGUGUAGCUGCCUGGUUACUGUGGUGACCCAUGCGUCCGAGUCUCUAUGGUACUGCACCACACCCAUCAACUUCUACACGCUCUUCCCUGUGGCCACAGCAGUGUUGACGAUGAUCGGGCUGUUCGUGGCGCCGUCGUUCCUGAAGCCGCCGGAGGUGGACGACGAGGAGAGUCAUCUGCUUAAGCUUGGUUUACCGCGCAAAAAGAAUUGGAAUAAAAAACGAACCUGA